AUGGGACAGAAGCCAGGAAACAUUGAGAAGCAAACAGACAACACCGCCAUCAAUCUCAAGAGGAAGAAGCGCGUCAGAGACUCAAAGAACAAGACGAAUCUGCCGUCAAUUGCGCCUGUUCUGAAGUGCAAGCUGCGUGGCCUGAAGCUGCUGAAAAUCAAGGCCAUGAUGUGCAUUGAGGACGACCUGCUGAACUUGGCAGACGCAACCAUCGACAACGAGAACAAGAUGAAUGACAAAUACGUCGUAGAUCAGCUGAGAGGGAGUCCACUUGCAGUUGGGACACUCGAGGAGUUCGUAGAUGACACCCAUGCGAUUGUUAGUUCACCAAAUGGAUUUGAGUACCACGUGAACAUCCUCAGUUUCGUAGACAAAGAUCUGCUUGAACCAGGAUGCACGGUGCUGCUGAACAACAAGGACCAGAACGUGAUUGGGGCACUGAACUCACCAGACGUGGAUCCACUGGUCUCGGUGAUGAAGCUGGAGAGGGCGCCUACUGAGACAUACGCAGACAUAGGCGGAUUGGAGUCACAGAUUCAGGAGAUCAAGGAGAGCGUGGAGCUGCCACUGACUCAUCCUGAACUGUACCAGGAAAUGGGAAUACGCCCACCAAAGGGGGUGAUACUCUACGGUGAGCCAGGAACAGGAAAGACGCUUCUGGCCAAGGCAGUUGCAAACCAAACCAGUGCCACCUUCCUACGAAUAGUUGGAUCUGAGCUGAUUCAGAAAUACAUGGGAGAUGGACCCAAGUUAGUUAGGGAGAUGUUUAAGGUUGCUGAUGCGCAUGCACCCUCAAUAAUAUUCAUUGAUGAAAUUGAUGCAAUAGGAGGAAAGAGGUACAAUACGACGUCAUCAGGAGGAAGAGAGAUCCAGUCUACGAUGCUUGAGCUGCUGAAUCAGCUUGAUGGAUUCGACACCAAGGAUGACAUUAAGGUUAUUAUGGCAACAAACAAAAUAGAGAACUUGGACCAGGCACUGAUUCGACCAGGGCGAAUUGACAGGAAGAUCUACUUUGGUCUCCCAGACACCGAGACAAAGAGAAGCAUCUUCAGAAUCCACACUGGGAAGAUGACACUGGCAAAAGACGUGGACCUGGAGGAGCUGGUUGCGGCAAAGGAGGAGCUGAAUGGGUCGGACAUCAAGGCCAUUUGCACAGAGGCAGGGAUGUGUGCAUUGAGGGAGAGAAGGCGAUACGUGGUGAUGGACGACUUCAGAAAGGCAAAGGAGAAGAUAUUCUACAUAAAGAAGGGAGACACGCCACAUGGGUUCUAUGUCUGA